GCAUCCUCGAGACCAUCAGUGCAUGCAUGGAACAAAAGUAACCUCAGAGUCACCAUGACGCACUUCUAGGAUAACUUGUUAUACGCGGCACCGACAGCUUCCCGUCCAGGACUUUCUCUUUACCGAGCAGUUUUCACUUUUACCACUUUCCCGUCGCCCUCCGGUGUGAUGCCCGCCGGGAUGUUCAGCAUAGACAGCAUCCUGUCCGGCCGGCCGAGCUGCAAGGAGCCGCUGCUGCUGCACCGGAGCGGCCCGGUGGUACUGUCCGGCCUCACGGACUCCAUCUACACCGACUACAACGGACUGUACUCGGCCACAUGCGGGCCGUCUCCCCCCGGAGUUCAGACUAUGAACGGGACCAGGAUAGGAUAUAACGGCUACUACUACGGACAGCUCCACGUGCAGGGGGCCGGGGGGGGGCCGCCGUGCUGCGGCUCUGUGUCCGGCCUCAGCCCGCAGCAGUGUCCCUGCAUCCCGCCAGGCUACGACAGCCCGGGCUCGGUGCUGAUCUCUCCGGUGCCGCACCAGAUGAUGUCCUACAUGAACAUGGGCAGCCUCUCGCGCACCGAGCUGCAGCUCCUCAACCAGCUGCACUGCCGCCGGAAGCGGAGGCACCGCACCAUCUUCACGGACGAGCAGCUGGAGGCUCUGGAGGGCCUCUUCCAGGAGACCAAGUACCCGGACGUGGGCACCCGGGAGCAGCUGGCCCGCAAGGUCCACCUCCGGGAGGAGAAGGUGGAGGUUUGGUUCAAAAACCGGCGCGCGAAGUGGAGGAGGCAGAAACGGUCUUCAUCAGAGGAGUCAGAGAGCUCUCAGAAAUGGAACAAAUCCUCCAAAACCUCCGCGGAGAAACCGGAGGAGAAAAGCGAGGGGGACUCUGACAGCUGAGGACCCUAAGAGUGUACAGGGGGGGGGGCAUGCCGCGGGUUAUGUUGCGAUGUUGCACAGCUGUAAAUAUCUACGUUUUAUUAUUGAUCCUGUGUCCGCUAUUUAUAUUUAAUUUAAGUUUUGUAAUGAAGGUUACGCUGGCUGGGGGGGAGGGGGAGGGGGGGGCGCAUGUCUGAAUAUAUGGUGAUGUUAUAUGUGUAUAUUAAAUGUUGUAUUUCCGGUAUUCUCUCCGUUGUGACAUUAUUCACUGCCGCAGGGGAACAGACUGUAAAACACAGCUGGGUGAAAUAUCAUCUUAUUUAGCAAAAAUAGCAAAGCUACGUAAAAGGAUGAAGAGCAUUCAUUACAAUAUAAAUGAAAUGUCAUCAA